AUGUCUGCAAUUAGCGGUAAUACCAACAUUAUUAUAGAUCACCCACGCGAGCCACAACAUUGGUUAUCGCUAAGGGUUAUGAGACAAUCAAAUUCUUUAACAAGCAAAGAAGCCGGAAAGAGCUCACAGGUGGAAACCUUGGAUUCGAAAGUGUCAACUUCAAGAAUUUACAUGCGUGACCUUAGCGAAAGCGAAUUUUUGUCUUCAUCCUCAAUAACUUCUAACGCGAUAGAUAAUAUUUAUUUAGGUGCAACUUUUGAUAGUUACCUUAUAGUAAACAAUGAUUCAACCUUUGUUGCACGUAAUAUCUGUAUUAAGGCAGAACUUCAAACGAAAUCACAACGGUUACAGUUGGCGGAUACUUCUUCCAAACCGAUUCCAAUUGCUGAACCACAUAAAGCAUGUGAAUUUGUGAUAAGACAUGAGAUCAAAGAGUUGGGUAUACAUAAUUUAGUAUGUAUGGUUCAAUAUACAACAGAUGAAGGGGUUAGGAGCUUUAGAAAAUUUUUUAGAUUUCGAGUUUUGAAUCCUUUCGCAGUAAAAACUAAAGUUAAUAAUAUGGGAGAUGGAACGGUGUUUCUGGAAGUUCAGAUUCAAAACGUAGCAGAAAGAUUAAUGUAUUUGGAGAAGAUGGGAUUUGAACCUGGUGAUGAAACGAAUAAAGAAUCUAAUAUUGAAGAUACUGAAAAUAUUGAACAACAAAAUAAUGAAGAUUUGAACGUUAAAAAAAAUCUAUUGAAUUCAGAGGAUGUCAAGUCAACAAAGGUAUCAUUAGAAAGUAUUUUUGGAAAGGACAGUUAUUUAAACCCGCAAGAUAUUCGUCAAUACUUAUAUAUGUUAACCCCAAAACCCGAGGUAGAAGAUAAACUUGGUAGGACGACAAAUGUUCUUGGAAAACUUGAUAUUGUUUGGCGUUCAAGUCAUGGUGAAACUGGGCGAUUACAAACAAGCCAAUUGACACGUAGACCUCCGGCGUUGGAUGAAAUUGAACUUUCCGUAACAUCCGUUCCACCUUUGAUAGAACUUGAGGUUCCAUUUAAAUUAGGAUGUCGAAUAAGGAAUCGAACAUCAUCUACUUUAAAAGUUGUGAUAACGGCAGUUAAAACUAAAAUGGGUUCCGUAUUACUUAGUGGUCCUUCUGUAACGAAUUUGGGUGAAUUAUCAUCAGAUUCUUUUGUAGAAUUUUAUUUAGAAUUUUUCCCAUUAAGUCCCGGGUUGCAAAGAGUUGGUGGUUUAAAAGUGACUGAUAAAAAUUCUGGUUAUACUAAAGAAAUAGAUCAUUUUACAGACAUUUUUGUUUUAUUUUCAAAAUAG